GGAAGCGCCAUGCAGGACUGCGGCGCCCGGCGAGCCUUUGGCCACCUCUGCCCCAACCGGGUGCAGGAUCUGGCCGAGCGGCUGGCCAGAAAGCCGGGCAAGGGGGAGAGGAAGGCUCCACGGAAGAUCCACCCGAGAAGCACUCCAGUGGCCAUUUAUUGCGACCCGGUUCCAGACCCUGUAGAUUUAGCGUUUGCUACCAUCGACUGGCAGGAUUUGGGCGACUGCAGCUCCGUCUUUCAACAAGAGCCUUCCAGAGUCCCUGUCCCAACCCAGCAGGUAACUGAAAUCUUGGAAGUUUUGGAAUAA